CAUUGCAAUAAAUCCAGGUUUGUUAUCAGAGACCAUUGUCAAGUGCUGUUAAAGAUAACAGGUCGCUAGAAUGAUAUAAGAUAUAAAUACUAAUACAGACCAAAUCUGCUUCUCUUUAUAUAUAACAGUGACUUGCUAAAGUGUUGAGAAAAGGAAUUUUAGGAAACACGCUUUGUGCUCUGUUUGUUAACUAUGACCCUCAUGAAGCGAACAGGAAAUACAGAAGGAGAAGAAACAAGUGACAGAACACUUGCCCUGACUGUGUGCUCAGCUGCCAUUGGAGGCACCUUCCAGUAUGGAUACAAUAUUUCCAUUAUCAACGCUCCAACCAGCUACAUCCAGACUUUCAUCAAUGAUACAUACUCAUCACGCUGGGGUACAGGCUUGGAAGCUCCCCAUGUGACUCUGGUGUGGACUCUUAUCGUAUCUGCUUUCCCGCUGGGAGGUCUGCUCGGGGCCCUGCUGGCUGGCCCAAUGGCUGUCCACUUUGGGCGGAAGAAGUCUCUGCUUUUGAACAACUCAUUUUUGUUCGUAGGUGCGGCUUUGGUUCUUCUGUGCAGGGUUGCACGAUCAUUUGAGAUGAUCAUCUUCGCUCGGUUCCUCGUGGGGAUUAAUUCAGGUGUCAGUAUGAAUGUCCAGCCUAUGUACUUUGGGGAAAGCGCUCCUAAACACCUACGAGGAGCUGUGGCUUUUUCCUCUGCUGUUUUCACUGCUUUUGGGAUUUUCAUGGGUCAAAUUGUGGGACUGACUGAGGUGUUGGGCACACAGCUUCUCUGGCCCUACUUACUCGCCAGCAACAUGCUUCCAGGCGUGAUCCAGAUGCUUACACUACCCUGGUUUCCCGAAAGCCCCAGAUAUCUGCUCAUUGACCGCGGUGACAGGGAAGCAUGCAUCCAAGCCCUUGAAAGACUCCGUGGUGGCGUGGCUCCAGUUUUAGAACUACAGGAAAUGCUUGAAGAAUGUCAGAGGCAAUCAAACGCUGGAUCUGCCUCUUCUGUUAAGACACCUUGUUCCCUUUUUAAAGAUCGUGACCUGCGAUCCCAACUUAGAACGGUCAUGAUGGCCAGUAGUGCCAUGAUGCUUUGUGGCAAUGACUCCAUCUACUUCUAUGCAUCUUACAUCUUCUUUGAGGCAGGCAUUCCUGCAGAUAAAAUCCAGUAUAUAACCAUUGGAACAGGAGCCUCUGAACUGACUGCAUCGAUACUGAGCAACCUCCUAAUUGAGCGAGUGGGCCGGAAGGGUCUUCUUGUAGGAGGCUACACUCUUAUGUCAUGCUGGACUGUAGUCUUCACAAUAGCCCUCACACUCCAAAGACAAGGAGUGAAUGGGAUGUCCUACCUCAGCAUGGUGUGCAUUUUCUCCUACAUCCUUAGCUUCGGUUUAGGUCCUGCAGGUGUGACCGGUAUUCUACCAGCAGAGAUCUUUGACCAGUCGGCCAGACCUGCAGCGUACAUGGUCGCCGGAUCGCUAAUGUGGCUCAGUCUGUUCCUAGUGGGAAUGUUGUUUCCCUUCAUCGUAAGCAAUCUGGGGAGCCUUUGCUUCUUGCCAUUUUUGAUUGUGUGUUUAGUGUCAGCUGUGUUUCUGGGGUUUACGUUCCCAGAGACAAAAGGCAAGAGCCUGCAGGAGAUUACGGCAGAGUUUGAUAGAAAGAAUGGACGGAAAGAGGUUCACAAUGAGAUGGGUGAGACCAGCUCCUCUACCUUAGCAGCAGAUCUUGACAAUAAGAACAGUCUCUGAAAUCAGGGUAAUUUCUGUACUCUUAUUGAAGCGAUGUCUAGUUUCUCAAAGUCUAUGCAUAUAAGUGUUUGCUGCAUUUCAACCAAACUUAGUUUUGUGACCUAUAGUAUAUAUUUAUAUAGAAGUGAAAUACUAUAGUUUCACCUGACUGAUGCACCCACAACGUGAAAUUACAUUUACUUGAAAUAUUAAAGAAGCUUCAAUUGCAUGUUUUAAAUUAUUGUUCACUAAAUAUGUAAACCCCUGUACUGUAUGAUGUUUUACCACAGUAUAAGCAGAGUACGUAUAUAUACAGAGACUGUAUAUUCUUAGCACCUUUGAAAGUGUUCACUUUCAGUUUUUUGCUAUAUUUUUCUGUUCAAUGUUAUCCAUGAUUCAAUUUUGUGAAUUUAAACUACAUUAAUCAUGCUAUGUGCACCUAGAACGUGAUUCAAUGACUAUCUCUGGAUUUUUACCAACAAUCGUACCAGAUUACUAUUUAAUUUCAUGGAUGCAGGUUUGAAAAAUAGCCACCAGAUGUCUCUGUUGUAUUGCCUUUUUCUUGUAAUCACUUUCUCAAACACACUAUUCCCAAUACAAUUCAAUAGAUGCUGGCUGUUAAGGCACUUUCUGGACAUUUCAUGUGUAAUUUAUGAAAAGGGACAAAAUAUUCUCAAGGAUUUAAAAAUGUUUUUGUUAUUCAACGUGUAGAAACAUAUUGCAAUUCAUAUUCUUGUAAUUUAUUUGUUCAUGCAUGACGCAUGUCUCUCCAAAGAAUGUAUGUACCGAUUGCGAAUACUUGUUAAAUAGGGUUUGUGUUCCAGGAUGAUAAAGCUAUAUUUAUUUUU